ACGUGCACAAAGCCGGUAAGACACCAGGUAGACUCUGUACUGGUAGAGUCAGUGUUGGUUAUUUAUCAAAAAUCUCUGAGACUACCAAAAAAUAGGUAAGGAAGGCGCUUGGUUGUGGUGUUUGUUCACCGACGCCUUCCUGAAAGGUUUUCAUUUCUUCCUUUUUGUUUGGGGCUCGUGUGAGCCAGUGGUAGAGGGACGUUGUCCCCGGUAUUGUAUUUUAGUUUGUGUUUUUCUUCCUGAGCUGCGCCUCAUGGGUUUUUGUUUUGUGCCUUGCGGUUUUUGCUAGGUUGUACUUUUAUUUGGGGAAUUCACUAUUAUUACUCACAGUGCUCACUUCCCAGCACUAUAUCUGGUUUGUGUAUUCGCCCUGUUUUCUGAGGGUUGUUUUUAUUUUCUACAGCCGUUUAUUGGGCUUAAUUUCUGUUCUUUCCAAUUACCGCCUACGGGUUAGUUUCUGUUCCUCCCUGUGUCCCGGGAGAAGGUCUUUCUUUCUUUAUUGUGAGUUCGCCUUCAAGGGUCGAACCUCAGUCGCUACUGGCCCUCCACCCUGCCCCUACCCUACAGUAUUGUUGUAUUCUAGCUGCCAACUGUGGUAUGCUAGUUUGAAGGUUGAUUGUACUCUUCAAGGGUUCUGAAUUUCUGUAUGUUUACACUAGGACCCGGAACUGUACUGUCCUCUCCGGUCCUCUUGGCACUUGUUCUUGUGUUUGAUUUGCACUUUGUUUGUACGUAGCUCUGGAUAAGCUAAAUGCUACGUAAUGUAAUGUAAAGUGACUGGAUAGGUAACACAGGCAUCAGAGCUGGUAAGAAUGCGAUUUGACAGCAAGAAUGUGAAUGUGUGGACCAGGGUUGCCUGUGACCUGUGACAUGUGAAGAGGAAAAGUUAUUUUGUUCAUGCAAAAUCAGCUGGCACAGGUUCCAGACCCAUAUGGAAAUUCAGUUGAAUCAACAAACCCUCCCUUCAGUUCCUAUUUCACAAUUAGGCAUUGUCAGAGCAAGACAACUGAGGAGAGAGUGAACACUAUGGCAACUAAUGUGGUAAUCCAGCAGUCACAGGUUCCAACUGUGAUGGCUGGCCAGUUUAAUGACUGGAGCACAGGAAUCUGUGAAUGCUUUGAUGACAUGGCUAUCUGCUGUUUCGGAUACUGGUGCCCUCUCUGUUUCGCCUGCAAGACGAGCACAGACUUUGGAGAAUGCGUCUGUCUCCCCGUGAUGGACAGCCUGUGGACAAUCACGAUCUGUUUUGGUGUGCCCACGUGUGUGCCUCCCGUGGCCUUUGCCAUGAGGGUUGGGGCACGCAACAGAUACAACAUCCAGGGGGAUAUGUGCACAGACUGCAUCACCGCAACCUUCUGCAACACGUGCUCCUGGUGCCAGAUUGCCCGGGAGAUAAAACGUCACAAACGGAACAUGACCGUGGUCAAUGCCCAGCCCAAUGUCAUUGCACCUGUAGUCAUAAAUUCCACAGUCAUGCAAGCUCCGCCACCUGUGGCACCUGUGGCACCUGUAAUAAUAAAUAACACAGUCCGCUAGCCCCAGCUCCAGGCCACGAGCUCCUGAUCACAUGAGUAAUCAUGUGACUGCCCAAUAUGUUUUGCUAUUAUGCCCUCAAUUUUGCAUACAAAGUCAAUUUUUACUGCAUUUAUUUUAGUAUAUUCGGUGACUGCUUUAUUCGGUAGGUGCAUGCAUGUCUCUCUAUCAAAUAAAAUAAUUCAUUCACACAAA